CUUCCGAGAACCCCCGGUCGAUGCAGACGCUACGAACGGGCACGAGCCGUGAAGAGUACGACAUAUCCACGCGAGAGACACGAGCCAAGGGGCGAACGUUGUAGUUACGUGACUUACUAUAUCUGUUACGAACUUACUACAUGAUGACGACUACGAUCAGCCUUGUACCUAUACAGGGGCUUUCUGGCUCCACUGGUGACGCUUUUCAGAUGAGUGGACCCUAUAUUCUUGUCAGAGCAACAACUGUAGCACAACAAGUACAGGCUACGAGACAGUUGGGGAAAAAACCUGAUCCCUCUACUCCAAGGGAACCCGAAGCUUUGCGGUGCAAGAGGAGAACGGAUAACACAGGCUUGCAUCACAUACUUCCUCGUCCACAACCAGCCGCUGUAGCAAGGCGAAACGAGCGGGAACGGAAUCGUGUGAAAAUGGUAAACAUGGGAUUUGAAACUUUGAGAGAACAUGUGCCAAGUGGAAAGAAAAACAAGAAGAUGAGUAAGGUGGACACUUUAAAAGCUGCGUCAGAUUACAUUCGAUAUCUUCAAACAGUGUUGACGACUGAUGGGGAACCGGCUUCGCCGCAGACUUUCAUGGAUUUGAAUAUGGACGCACUUGACAGUGAUUCAAGUAGUACUAGCGGGAGCACCAGCUUUCCUGGAAAUCUCCAAGAGAGUAAUAGUCUGAGCAGUCUCUGUGCAGCGCUCUCUCAGACUGCCAGUUCAUUACAAGACAAUGAUAACUUGAACAGUUUGUGUGCAGCUUUACAAAGCAAUAACGGCAUGCACAGUUUUGUGUCAAGCCCAAAUGUUAGUUGUUCGUCACAGAAUUCCCCUGCCCCGAGUCUCUCCUCCGACGCCAUCUCGGAAUCGUUUAGCUCGGAGGAUGAAGAAUUACCUGAUCUUGGUUCUUGGUUCACGUGAAACAUCGGAUAAAACACAGGUGAAGCAAACCAAGAGAUAAGCGUAUUGGGGAAGUGAUCUCAACGCUCCACUCGUGCCCACGCGAGAACCGACGUCCGGCCACUCUGGCAUAGAGUGACCCCCGGGAUGACCACUAUGACGUCAUCGUGUCUCAUUAUUCCAGAUUGUGUUCAAACUGUUAUAGAGAAAGACAAAACACCCGUAUGUGAUUUUUCCGUGAUAUAGGACUUUUUCGUAUGAUGAUGCGAGAACAAACGCCGGACAAGUUCGCGUGCCUGAAGUGUACGCCACUUUACAUGGCGGCAUGCAAAUCACGCGCCAAGCUUAACGGCUGUGCCUAUUACACAACGUUUCUGAUUUGUGACUCAUAUUCUAUGCAGACAUUAAUGAUUAUAUUUACGAUGUUUGAAUAUGAAUUUUAUGCCAGAAAUAUUUAUGCAAGGAAAAUGUUGACUUUUAUCAAUAAUACGUACUAUAGUGCUGGAAACGGUGAUGUGGAAGUUUUUCUUUCACAUGCUUAUUUUUUAAAAAUAUGUUUUUAUAUAUUUUAUUAUGCAAAUUUUUACCGCCGAUAAAUGUGUUCAAUGCCACGUUGAUUAUUUUGUAAAUGACAAACCAAUCGCCUUUAUUGUGUUCAAUAUCAUAUAAAAAUCAUCGAUUCAAUCGAUUUUUUCUAUAAGUAUCGUUUUUGAUAACUAUUAUACAAAAACAUGUGUUCAAUUUACGUAUAAGAAUAGAUACAAGUUUGAAGUUUUUGAAAAAAAUAUUCAUGCAAAUUUUCAUCAACAUUUAUUACGAUUAUCACCCAUUUUCAUUAACCAUGGACAACGUUUUGUUUGUAAGUUUUGAAAGUUUUAUCAGAAAGUUACGCUAUUGUGUUUGUAAACAGUGCUUCCGAGACCAAACUAUUCAAUUUUGUACUUAAUAUUUAUGAAAAUGUUAAUUCCAUUAUUUUUUUGAUCAAAAUGUGUAUUGUUUUUUUCAAUGAGAUAAGAUCUCGAAUGAACUUGUAUAUUUGUAUAUAUAUCAUAUAAAUAUAUUUUCUAUGUUUGCGAAUGUAUGUAUAUAAG